UGUGUCUCAUUUAGAAGGCCACGUCCUCCGGAGGUCGCAUCCUCUGGAGGUCGAAUCCUCUCUAGGAUGCGCAUACGGAGUGUCCUUCACCCUGCGAUUAAACGAGACGGCCUUCCUAGGACAGACGGAAAACGAAACAGGAAGUAUCACGUUGCUAUGCCAACACAUAACGUCGUUGCGCUCUCACACUUGUUUAAGAAAAAUUUUUAAGGAAAUUAUUUCUAAAUCUGGAAAGUCAUUUGAAAAGAAAAUGUUUUUAUUUGUUUUAUUUUAUUCAAUGUUUGAGGAGCUACAGCGUACGCACAACAGACAUCUGUUAGAGAGAAAAAAGAGGAGGAUGUUAAGAACAAAGUUUAUCCGUUUUUACCGGCGGAGGUUUGAGGCAGACAUCAAGUAUUGCAGGCUCAAUCUCCAUGUCCCUGUUCUUGAGAAGUUUUUUGAUGGAGGGGAUACAAAAGCAGACUUUCGUCUGACGAGAGAGAGCCUCAAUAAACUUUUGGAGCUACUUCAUCAGCAACGGAGACAUGGCUGGGGUACAACACUCCAGACACUGGUGUUUUUGUAUUGGUUGGCCUGUGGUGCAUCUUACAGGGUUGUGUCGCAGGCUUUUGGGAUGCCACGGCCAACCAUUCACAGAAUUAUACAUCGAGUGGCUGAUGAAGUCAUAGCAAUUUUGCCAAAGGUUGUGGCCCUACCAAAGACAGAAGAACACCUGAUCCAGGUUGGUGCAGGCUUUGCUUCUCUCACCAAUCACCAGGCAUUUGGUAGAGCUGUUGGAGCAAUUGAUGGAUGCCAUGUGAGAAUAAAACCACCAGCUGGCCCUGAUGAACAGUGCUAUAAAAACAGAAAGCUGUUUGCCUCUAUCCUGCUUCAAGGUAUAUGCGACCAUCAAGGAGCAUUUUUAGACAUUUUUGUAGGGUACCCUGGGAGUGUCCACGACUCACGGGUGCUUAAGAACAGCCCCAUUUACAACCAGGCAAAGUAUCCACCUCAGGGCUUUUUCCUCCUCGGCGAUGGUGGGUACCCCUGCACAGAGAAGCCAAUCGCAAUCAUGACACCGUUUAAGAAUCCAGCCUCACCAUCUACUCAGCGCUUCAAUGCACGUCUUUCCAAAGGCCGCUCAAUUAUUGAGCGUGCUUUUGGAAUGAUGAAGACGCGAUUUAGAGCCAUCUUCCUUCAAGCACUUGAAGUGCAUCCAACAUUUGCCCCAAAGGUAAUAGCAUCAUGCACCAUGCUGCACAACAUCUGCCUUGGUGUUGGCGACAUUAUACAACCAGACGACAGCCAAGAAGAAGAGGAAGAUGAUGUGGAGGCAUGCAAUCAAGUAGAGGCAGUAUCUGGAGCAGCAUGGCGUUUGAGAUUGUGCAACCAAGUGUCUGCCUUACAGGAUGUCAACCAGGACCACGACUACAUAAUUCAUCCUAAUUAAAAAUGCUUACCAAGAAGUCAGCAUGAGAGCUCACACAACACAUGACAUCUUUUUCAUAAUAUAUCUUUUAUAUUUGUUAAAUUGUAACCAAAUACAUUUUAUUCAUUAAAUAUUUUUAAGCCAUUUAAAAUGUAUUACUUUAAAGAUUUAGUGAAAUGUUGUCUACAGAAUUACCUUUUCAAUAAUUGUAAUUAACGAUAGUAAGUAAAUAUUGUAAAUAGUUUUAUUACAUUUUAUCAAUGAACUUUUCAAGUAAAUUAAAGAGCCUAUCACUCCUC